UAAGGUUGCCUGUGCCUUGCGCGAGUCGUUGUCGAUUUGGAUUUAGAUGCUGUGCAAUUCCAUAUAGGAAGGAUAAAGUUUUUUAAUCGUUUUGUAUCUUCAUUUGGAGAUAAUAAAUAAUCGCUAAGUUGUUGAAUACUUCUAGCAAUAUUUGUGUGUAAUAACCACGAAUAGAUUGAGAAGAACGAAAUAUACAAGCAGCCGUUCAAAAUGAAUCCUCAAGUUACUCUUCAUUUGAUUAGAGUCUUGGAAAAAACUGUUUCGCCAGACAAAAAUGAGCUUCUAUCAGCCAAAAAUUUCUUGGAACAGGCGGCCGAAGAAAAUUUACCCGAAUUCUUAAAAGCAUUGUCUGACAUAUUAGUCAGUAUUAGCAACAGCCCAGUAGCACGUAUGGCUGCAGGAUUACAACUUAAAAAUCAUUUAACAAGUAAAGAUGAAACUGUUAAUCAACAAUACCAGCAACGAUGGCAUCAGUUUCCUGAAGAUACACGCGAGUACAUAAAGAAAAAUAUUCUCGCGGCUUUAGGAACGGAAAAUACGCGGCCUUCUAGCGCUGCGCAAUGUGUUGCUUAUGUUGCAGUAACAGAAUUACCGUCAAAAGGUUGGCCAGUUCUAAUUCAAACGUUAGUCAACAAAGUGGUUGCAGAUAAUUCCAGUGAAAUAAAUCGGGAAGCUGCUCUUGAAGCUAUUGGAUAUAUAUGUCAAGAUAUACGUUAUGGCGUUUUAGAACAUCAGUCCAAUCAAAUUUUAACUGCUAUUAUUCAUGGUAUGAGAAAACAGGAGCCUAGUAAUCAUGUUCGACUCGCUGCAACAACCGCUCUACAUAAUUCGUUAGAAUUUACCAAAGCAAAUUUUGAAAAAGAUCUAGAAAGAAAUUUUAUUAUGGAAGUAGUAUGCGAAGCAACACAAUCUCAAGACACCCAGGUUUGCGUUGCCGCUCUACAAUGUUUAGUUAAAAUUCUAACUCUAUACUAUCAAUAUAUGGAGCCUUAUAUGGCUCAAGCUUUGUUUCCCAUAACUUUAGAAGCAAUGAAAUCUGAAAACGAUCAAGUUGCUCUACAAGGUAUUGAAUUUUGGUCUAAUGUCUGCGAUGAAGAAAUCGACUUAGCAAUAGAAACUCAAGAGGCGAAUGAUGCAGGUCGUGCUCCUAUUCGAGUAUCAAAACAUUACGCAAGAGGUGCUCUGCAAUAUUUAACACCAGUCUUAGUCGAAAAAUUAACCAAACAAGAUGAAUGUGACGACGAGGAUAACUGGAGUCCAGCUAAGGCUGCGUCUGUUUGCCUGAUGCUCUUAGCAACUUGUUGUGAAGAUGAAAUUGUUCCGUAUGUUUUUCCCUUCAUCAAAGACAACAUAGAGUCACCUAAUUGGCGUUUCCGUGAUGCAGCUGUUAUGACAUUUGGAUCCAUCUUGAGUGGCUUGGAAACUAAUACACUUAAACCUUUAAUAGAACAAGCAAUGCCCACACUUAUACAUUUAAUGUACGAUGAGUGUGUAAUAGUUCGAGACACAACUGCAUGGACAUUUGGACGUAUAUGUGACAUUGUUCCAGAGGCAGCAAUUAACAAAACUUAUUUGAAUACCCUUCUCGAAUGUUUUAUUAAAGGCCUGAAAGCCGAACCACGUGUUGCUGCUAACGUCUGUUGGGCAUUUAUAGGUUUAUCAGAUGCUGCUUAUGACGCAGCUGAAAUUAAUGAAGGUGAAACUCCAGAAACCUAUUGUCUAUCUCCAUAUUUCGAGUAUAUUAUUACUCAGUUGCUUGAGACAACAGAUAGGCAAGACGGAACGCAGGCGAAUCUGAGAGCUGCUGCUUAUGAAGCACUAAUGGAUAUGAUUAAGAAUUCUCCUCUCGAUUGCUACUUAGUUGUUCAGAGAACUACUAUUGUUAUUUUAGAACGAUUGAAUCAAGUAUUACAAAUGGAAUCCCACAUUGCAAGUCACAAUGACCGCCACCAGUUUAAUGACUUACAAUCUUUACUUUGUGCUACCUUACAAAGUGUUCUUCGUAAAGUUCGUGAAGAAGAUGCUCCACAAAUAUCCGAUGCUAUAAUGACUGCACUUUUAACAAUGUUCAACUCAAGUUCUGGGAAAACAGGAGGUGUUCAGGAAGACGCAUUCCUAGCUGUUUCAACUCUAGUGGAAUUACUUGGUUACAAGUUUGUUAAGUAUAUGGACGCGUUUAAACCAUUUUUAUUUAUGGGACUGAAAGCUUAUCAAGAAUAUCAAGUGUGUUGUGCUGCCGUUGGUUUAACUGGAGAUAUAUGUCGGGCUCUAAAGCAACUUAUAAUUCCAUACUGUGAUGAAAUAAUGACUUUGCUUCUUGCAAACUUAUCGGAGCCAACACUUCACCGCAGUGUUAAGCCACAAAUUUUAUCAGCGUUUGGGGAUAUGGCUUUAAGCAUUGGUAGCGAAUUUGUGAAAUAUUUAAAUGUUGUGUUAGAUAUGCUCAAUGCAGCUUCGCAACUUCAGGUUGAUUCAAGCAGUUAUGACAUGCUCGAAUAUUUAAAUGAAUUACGAGAGAGUGUACUGGAAGCUUAUACAGGAAUAAUUCAAGGAUUAAAAGGAGUAGAACCGCAGCCACACCCUGAUGUAUUCCAUUUAGAGUCUCAUUUAGUAAAUAUAAUUGCAUUUAUAAAACGCAUAGCUAUAGAUGGAGAUAACUCAGACUCUAUGAUAGCUAGUGCAGCAGGAUUUAUUGGAGAUUUAUGCACCGCGUUUGGCCCAAGGUUAUAUCCAAUGUUAGAAGAUGUCACGAUAACUCAGUUCUUAGCCGACGGCAAAAGAUCGAAGGCAGCACGUACGAAAUCAUUAUGUAACUGGGCAACAAAAGAGAUUAAAAAAUUACGUGACGGACAAGGAAUUUCUCAAUAGAAUGGAACUAGGUUAGAUAAAGUAAGAUUAUUUAAUUAUUAGAAUAAACUAUUCCAUGAUAUGUAAGAAUUUCUUAUUGCGCUUUCGACUAAAUAAGAUUUUGUGGAUGCAACUUUAAGCUGAA